UAUCGAUAGGCAAUGUUUUGGUUUUGUUCGCUUUCGGCAUAAAAACGUUGUUUUCAUGCGGUUUUUGCGGCAAUUUUGUGGCGUUUUUCCUUUGCGUUGCACAGAUAUUCUUACAAAUCGACGGCCGCAAAUCAAAAACUAUAAACAAUUCUCGUGCCUGGCGAAAAUGGAAAGCUCGAAACUGUUGAGAAACGCGCAGACCCAACAUGGAGAUGCCUCCUCCGUGGACGUGGAAAACAUAUUCCUGUACCGGCGUAUGCUGUCCACAAAUCCGACUUCUGGAGGCAAUAUCACCGAUCGGGAAGAGUCUCCCGAAUGCGUGUGGUUUCCAGAUGAUACGGAUGCGAGUCCACCUGAAAGCGAAGAUCCACCGAUUCCCAUAUCAGAGGAAAAGUCUGAAACGCAAACAAAUGAAACUCUGCCGGAAAAACGAAAAGCUAGCGGCGCAGAUGAGGAAAGCAGAUAUGUGAAAAAAGUAAAAUUAGAUGCCAAUGGGCUUAAAACCAAGCGUCCUGGAUUCAGCGAUGAAAGAUACGACGAAACUUCGUAUUAUUUUGAAAACGGUCUGCGAAAGGUGUAUCCCUAUUUUUUCACAUUCACCACGUUCGCCAAAGGACGUUGGGUUGAUGAGAAAAUUCUGGAUGUAUUUGUGCGUGAAUUCCGAGCUGCACCGCCGGAGGAAUAUGAGCGCAGUCUGGAGGCAGGAAAAUUGACUGUUAAUUAUGAGAAGGUACCCAAGGACUAUAAGAUCAAACAUAAUGAUCUGCUGGCCAAUGUGGUUCAUAGACACGAAGUCCCUGUUACUUCACAGCCCAUCAAGAUAGUGUACAUGGACAAGGAUAUUGUGGUUGUGAAUAAGCCGGCAUCAAUACCAGUACACCCUUGUGGGCGAUAUAGACAUAACACGGUGGUUUUCAUUCUGGCCAAGGAGCACAAUCUGAAGAAUCUGCGAACCAUCCACAGAUUGGAUCGACUUACUUCUGGUCUUCUCUUGUUUGGACGAACUGCUGAGAAAGCCCGCGAGCUGGAGCUGCAAAUCCGAACUAGACAAGUGCAAAAGGAGUAUGUUUGCCGCGUUGAGGGACGCUUUCCAGAUGGCACAGUUGAAUGCAAUGAGAAAAUCGAUGUCGUGAGCUACAAGAUCGGUGUUUGUAAGGUUUCACCCAAGGGCAAAGACUGUAAAACCACAUUUAAACGAAUUGGCGAAGUGGGUAGUGAUAGUAUUGUUUUGUGCAAACCACUUACAGGACGAAUGCACCAAAUACGCGUACAUUUGCAAUAUUUGGGCUAUCCCAUUUCAAAUGAUCCCUUGUACAACCACGAAGUUUUUGGACCAUUAAAAGGAAGAGGUGGAGAUAUCGGUGGAAUAACCGAAGAACAGUUGAUCAGUAACUUAAUUAGCAUUCAUAAUGCCGAGAACUGGUUGGGCUUGGAAGGGGAUCAAAUCGUAUCAGCGAAUAUAAAAGACGGAGCAACAAGUACUUCAGUAGUAGAAAAUCCUAUCAGUAGUGGGACUGCCACUUCUGUUAUUGUGGAACCCCUUGUGCCAAGUAACGAAACUGCCACCCAAACGUGCUAUGAAGAGCCAGACAGGUCGUUUGAUCCACAAAAGGCAACUUCGGACCCUCAAUGUUCCGAAUGCAAGAUAAACUACAGAGACCCCGGCCCAAAGGAUCUCAUAAUGUACUUGCAUGCAUGGAAAUACAGGGGUGUUGGCUGGGAGUACGAAACAGAACUGCCGGACUGGGCUUGUAAUUCGAAUAUUGAUUACGAUCGAUUGUAAAUGAAAGAAUUCCUUGCAAACAUGACGCUUAAGUAAAAAGUUUAAUUUUUACAGAGUA